AGUUUCCAGGGCUCAAGGAUGGUUUAGAUGGAGCUGAUGAUCGGCAUCGAAGGUGCGAAUUGCGCUCACUGGGGCACCGCGAUCCCGGGAUGGGUCGCAGACUUCGUGGUGGUGGCGGCCUGCUGCUGCAGCUUGUUGGUGACCCUGAGCUGGCUGCAGCUGCGGAAAAGGUUUCGUUUCGCCUUCACAAUGUUGAUGUGCUCCACUGGCUUGGCCUACGGCUUUGGCGGCCUUGCUCGCGUGCUGCUGUUUCUGUCCAAAAAAUCCCACGAGGAAUGUGGCUCAGGAUGGGAGGACCCUCACAGUGAGUGGAUGUUCGCAUGGCUGGCUGGCAUGGCAAUUGAGCCCUGGUCUCCCGCUGCAUUGCUGGUCCUGGCUGCACAGCUGACCCGCUACGGCAAGCCCUGGGUAGUGGCCAACAUCACUGGGAUCAUCGCUGGCACCGUGUCCUGCAUUGAGAUGGUGAUUUUGGCAUCUGUCCGCUUGGAACAGUCAGGAGUUGCUGCAAGCUGGUGGGCAGUCUGCGCAACUCUCUUCACAGUGCUGAUGCUUCUGGUGGACGGCAUACGUUCCGGCUUCACCAGGGCCAUCACGCUUUGUAUUCUCUCUGCCUUCAGUUUCUCCGUUGGUGCGCUGGUGGGAGCCGGGAGGUUCCUGAACGACUGGGAUCCCUUCAAGAUCAUCUUCCACUUGUGCCUGGUCCUCAUGAUCGUCCUGGCCUUCCAGGCGUGCAAGGCCGCCAACAAGGAGCCCCGCAGAAUCGAGGUGGGGCGGACAGCUUCUGUCAUUGAUGCCAUCGUGGAGCGCAAGGCGAAGAUGGAGCGCAAGGGGAGCAACAUGGAGCGGGAACUGAGCCAAGUGAGCGCUCGGGAGUCGAUAGAAGAGGAGCGCGCGGUGAUUUGAGGAGGGGGCUGACGUCUGGAAUUGUCCAUUUGAGCCACAAUCAAAACCUGGG